AGUCGACAGUCGGUUUUCACAUUAAACGAUCAUUUUAAGGGCUAACCAAUCAAACUGCAAAUUUAUACAAAUUGAUACUAAACGGGUUAUAUUAAUUUUAUAACAAAAAUUAAGUGUGUAAAUAAGUUUGAACGGAGUCAUAAUUAAAACUAAUUGGGUAUAAUACGGCGCUAAUUAUUUUGUAUUAAGGCGUGUUUUCGCUGGAAUUCUGUCCUUUUUUGUAGUAACGCGCGAGUGUUUGAAACUUUUUUGAUAGUGACGUUUUACUUUUUGUUUUCAAAAAAUGUUUAUUGUCCGUUUGUGGUCCGAUUGUGAACAAUAAAACUUCUUCGUUUGAAGUGUAUAGAGUUGUUUUUGGUACUGUUUGUGUAGUAAUCAUUGUCAAUGGUUUGUGGAAGUGCGGGGAAGAGAAUGCCGGUAUAGGGGUAGGCCACGGGUGGCCUUUUGAGGCCAUGCUUAAUAAUCUCACGGCUACAGCUUUAGGAGGUCACAAAGAUUCGUGCUCCGACGAGAGUAAGCCGCACGAAAUAAAACCGAACAUAGAGAGGUCGCACCAUGCGCUCGGGGCGCGCCUGCACAUCGCACACAACAUCAGGGCCGAUCACUUGCAAGGUGGCAUCCACCAGCCGCACAGUGGGGCGCAUAUGGCCACAGUGCCAGUCAGCAUGUCUUCCUCAGCAUCAGACAGUGAUAAACCGGCUAAGCAGAAGAGGCAUCGAACCAGGUUUACACCAGCACAACUGAACGAGCUAGAGCGAUGUUUCUCGAAGACACAUUAUCCUGAUAUAUUCAUGAGGGAAGAAAUCGCUAUGCGGAUCGGUCUUACGGAGAGUAGAGUUCAGGUUUGGUUCCAGAACCGACGAGCGAAAUGGAAAAAGCGCAAGAAGAGCACCAACGUGUUCCGCUCCCCCGGCGCUCUGCUCCCAUCACAUGGUCUUCCUCCAUUCGGGGCAGGAGACGUCUGCAGUCCAGGCGUGUUCGCUGACCGACCCUGGUCUAUGCCCGCGGGUCUUGGUCAGCUAUCACAAGGCGGUGUGUCAAUGGGCGGGUUUGGUGCCAGUACCCUCCCGCAGCUAGCAGCCGACCUCAACCCUUCCCUGCCCAUCAGCUCAGUGGCGUCUGCGCAGCCGUACCAGGGACAUUACCCGCUUAACUCCUUAGGAGACACCAUGAUGUCAUAUUGCAACAAUAUAAGCGGACAGCAAGGAGGUGGACCAUUAGAGGGUUCCCCUACUCCCCCACACAUGGGCCAUUGUGUUAAUAAUAACGCUUCGCCCACUGCAUCAGGUAACGGCGGUGAACAAGUAGAAGAGGAAGUAUGGCGCGGCCACAGCAUCGCGGCGCUGCGCCGGCGCGCGUCCGAGCUGUCGGCCGCCAUCCCGCCGUACCUGCAGCUCAACUACGACGCGCACAGCCCCGUCUACUGACACCGCCACGCCACCGACACGGACCGGCCCGUGUACUGAACACGAUAAACUUAAUAAAAAUAAACAAAACGAGUUUCAUUAUGCCAUCACCUUAUAACGGAGAUAUGUUACGCCAUUGUUUUGUUGCGGAGAUGUGUUACGCCAUUUCGCCGAUCGCGGAUUUAUGCGUAACGACUGUUCCGGUCGUUGCUGUUGUUAUGCUGCCCUUGUAUUGAGUACAACAAAUGAUAACAAUAUAAGGCUGAGGUAUGUUAUGCUAUUACCUUAGUGAUGUUGGAAUGGCAGAGCUAUGUUAUGCCAUUUCAGUUUUACUCUAUACGGUGUUGCAUUUUCUACUUUAACAAUGUUUUUGUAACGCGAAAUUGUGACGGAAUAAACUGAAUAAGAAAUAAAAGCAUGUACAAAACAUUGCUCUUUUUGUGAUCGAGCUUCACAAAAUAAAUUUG